CCUUAUCCCCUUCUUCCAGUCUGGUGAGAAACAAGAGAAACUAAAGGGGUGUUAAGUUGCUUUAAUAGCUCGGAAACUACCGAGAGAGCAGCUCCACCCGUCCUCUCGGCUCGUGUCGUUAAACUUUGCCGGUUGUCAUCGAAGAAAUGGCCCCAAAAAGAAGACACGCGCAGAGGAUGAAAGAGGAUAUUGGAAGUUGAAGAUCUGCCAGAAGCACACAUUUACUCCAAGAUGAGUCCUGUCCUUCAUUAUAUUCUGUCCAUCUCAGCCCUCAUUGACACUGUAUUGUGUCCUUUUCACUUAAGUAAUUGCACAGUGAGCCAAGAAACUGUGACCCCAGAUUUCUGAUUAUGUACUUGUGAUGAUAGACAGGUUGCCCUUCCCAUAUCCCAUUCCUAUUGUCUGCUACAAGGACACAUCUUUCUAUUCAGACCCCGUCCUCCUCAACCCGCCUCCCUCCCUCUGAGUUUCUGGGCCAUGCUCCGCAAGAAAGGCUCUGUCAUUCUUUGUGGUACGUUCCUGUUUAUCACCUGGAAUGCCAUACUGGUGCUCCUGCUGUGGGGCAGAUCCCCACUCGGCCAGCCGGGCGAACCUGGCCGGGAGCACAGAGAAGUGGCUGAAAGGCCCACCAAUGAUAUGGUAGGAGAUGUGCUCCGAAUGGCAGACACAUUUGAAGCGGAGCUUGAAAGGCAGAAAGAAAUCCUGCUGCAGAUCAAGAAUCAGCAGGCACUGUGGGAGCCGGCAAACAGAAACAGACCGAAGGUUUUAGUCCCGCGUCAGCCCGUCAUCCCUAUCCUGGUAAUCGCCUGUAACAGGGUCACCGUGAGGCGCUGCCUGGACAAACUCCUGGAGCUCCGUCCUUCAGCAGAGCUUUUCCCAAUCAUAGUGAGUCAGGACUGUGGACACGCCGAGACUGCCGAGGUGAUCCGGUCUUAUGGAAGUCAAGUUAUUCACCUGAAACAGCCGGACUUGUCCGAUAUCGCUGUUCGACCAGAGCACAAGAAGUUUCAGGGUUACUACAAAAUCUCCAGGCAUUACCGCUGGGCUCUCAACCAAGUGUUCAAGACCCUCUCUCAUUCCUCGGUUGUGAUUGUGGAGGACGACCUGGAGGUGGCGCCAGACUUCUUUGAGUACUUCCGAGCCCUGCUGCCAGUCCUGAAAUCGGACCCCAGCCUGUGGUGUGUUUCGGCCUGGAAUGACAAUGGCAGGGAUGGUUAUGUGGACCCAGGUAAGGCUAACCUGCUCUACAGGACAGACUUCUUUCCAGGUCUGGGGUGGAUGCUCCUCGGGGAGGUGUGGGAGGAGCUGGAGCCAAAGUGGCCCGCUUCAUUCUGGGACGACUGGAUGCGUCAGCCAGAGCAGCGCCGCAACCGUGCCUGUAUCCGCCCGGAGAUCUCCCGAACUUUGACCUUUGGGCGGAAGGGAGUGAGUCAGGGUCAGUUUUAUGACAAGUACCUGCGAUACAUUAAACUGAACACCGAAUUUGUGCCUUUCACCAAGUUAGACCUGAGUUACUUGAAGGAGGAGACGUACAGAGAAGAUUUUGAGAAGGAAGUUUACAACGCUCCCAUGGUUACAUAUGAAGAUGUUAAACACGGGCAGCUAAAAGGACCGGGCCCUUUCCGCCUUCAAUAUUCAAGUAAGGACAGUUUUAAAGUGCUGGCCAAAAACCUAGGAAUCAUGGAUGACUUGAAGUCUGGAGUCCCGAGGACAGGAUACAGGGGGAUUGUCAGUUUCAUCUCAAGAGGACAGAGAAUCUACCUGGCUCCUCCUGCGGGAUGGACCCAGUACGAUUCCACCUGGAGCUGAUAAUUUAGAAGAAAGUUAAUGUGCAUUCGCCUUUUUUUGUGAUCUCUGAAUGUCAGUUGGGGAAAGCAUUCCAGACCAAAGACUGAAAACGUUUCUUUGAUUGAAUGAUAUGUACUCUCGAUUAUUGUCUUUAAUAAUGCAGAACAGAUUGUGUCUCUCUCUGGUGUUGGGGUAAUUGCCAAUACUACUCAGGUCUUUUUCAUUAUUCCAAAACAUUUCUUACAGUGUAGGUUACAGCCUAAACCGUUUGUUAGACAACACUGCUGUAAUUCACCAGAGAUCUAUUUUUAUAUUCUGCUAAUUGUGCACAUGACAUUCGUUGAUGCAUUCAAUGCAAUUACCUAGUUUGCCACUUUUUGUUUUAAAUUAUUUGGUAGCCUUUGUGAACUUUUAUGUCCGGUGCAAAUAUGAAAAUAUAAUCUGUGGUAUGUUUGCGUGUGGUGGUGGUGGUGACUGGUCAACACUGCAGUAUAAUCAGUCUUUUGAUUCUCAUCAUUUAUGCCUUCUAUUAAAAUCAGUUCUUCCUGCUUACAUUUUAACGUCGAUUAAUUUUGCUUAAUGAUUCUCAAGUGAAGUUUGUCACCUUGCAAACUGCAACAUCAGUGUGUUUGUAUAUUUUUGGAAUAAAAUACAAUACACA